AAACCUUCUCCGAGGGCACACUCGUCGAGAAUUGUUUAAAAUUUAAAGCAAUAUAAACACUAUUGAUCUAUAUGUGCUAAAUAUAUUAAGUUUGAUAUUUCAAUAAUGCGCCGGUUAGCGUGAAGGUCAAAGACAUGUCUGAAGAUGAGACUAAUAGUGAGGACCUGGUCCCGUUUGCAUUUCAAAUAUUUCUGUGGAGACAAAGCACACCUUUCGUGCGACCAAAAUUUGGAAAGGUCCAUGAUGCAGCUUGCAUGUUCUGUCAACGAGCUCCUGGACACCACGAGCUAAAGGAGGCUUGUAAGUCCUUCGAGAAAGUAUUGGUACAAAAUCUAAGAUUUGGUCUGACCAACAGUCUCACAGAAGCAAUUGAAAGUAUUCCACGAUGGCGUCUAAUACAAGCGGCAUUGCCUCAUGUAAUGCAUUCAUUAGCUGCUUUACUACACAACAGAGUAAAAGACAAUAUGCAAUCUUUGGGAAAUGUGGAGACAAAACUGUUGUACACAUUACAUUGGAUCUUACUUGAUGCUUCUGAUGAGUGUGCUGACAAUGAUUAUGAAAAUGGGAAGUUUUUUUCUAACCCUUUUCACUAUCUUUUCUCCAUUCCAGCAAUUACUCUUUUUGUAUUCCUCUUUGCCCCAAUAUCUCAUCAUUUGAAGGAGUCAGAUUUUACUACUAACUAUAGAUUGGAGAAUGGUUUAAAAUUAUGGCAAGCAUUAUGGGAAUACAGGCAUCCUGAUGCUCCUUGCUUUACAACUCAUGUUAAGCCUAAACCAAAACCUUUUGGAGGAAAAUAUUCAAAGCGACAACAACAUGGUGAUGUGUUUUUAGGGCGUAAAUUUUCUAAAGAAGAAGGUAUUGUUAAUAGCAGCCCUCCAAGUCAGAAUAUAUCUAUAAGCCAAUCAGAUGCCCCCUCAAAGCAAGCAAGUACUGAAGAAGAGCCAUGGUUAUCAUCACCUAAAGAUACAAUAUUUCCUGAAACAAUACCAGAGGAAAGUUCCAGUACUGAAGAGGAACAUGUGUUUAUAUACCGUCUCCCAUCCGAAUCCAACUAUGGUGGUCAAAAUAAGGGUGCCUACACCGUGUACUCAGCGGACCCUAGCAUAUUUCAAAUUCGGAAGCCGGACACUCCGAAACCAACGUUGCCAGGAAUAAAACCUCUUCCACAGAUUACAAAAAUGAGUUCCUCAGAUAAAGAAUCAUUGUCGGACAGUGGAGGACCUCCUGCCCUGAAAACACCAACAUCAGUUGAAAAGUCCCCUACAAAACCAACCAAUGUAUCAGCAGCAACGAUACUUGAUGUGGCUACUCUGCGUUGUCUGUUUUCUGCUCAUUGGCAGGAAGAGGGCGUUUAUUGGGCCUUACAUUAUUUGUAUAAUCGAUUGCGCGACAUAUGCGACGAUGUAACAAAACAAACGCAUCCACGGAAACGUAGCAACUCGCUACCUAUACCUAAAAUAGAAGUAUCUAUAUACCAAAGCUCGGAUCUCAAAGACUCCUUGAAAAACUUCAUAGAAAUUCCGGAAACGAAAGAAAUGCCGGUAACAGAAGCUCCUUUUGCCCAAUCACCUAAAAUCGACGAAGAUAAUGUAAUGAUAAGACGUGCAAGUGAGAAGAUAAAGCGGAAAAUGAAAAUGUCCGACCUAAAAGCGUUUGUUGAGACAAAACUACUUUCGAAAUCGGAGAAGGCCUUGGAGAAAAUAGGCCAAGACGAACACAAGUUUAGCUUUCAUACUGCCGUAAGAAUGAUCUCUGAGUACCAUAGAUCAUUGGACAAUACUGAAGAUCGGCCGAAUUCGGCGUUGGCGAACAACUUUCCUUUGGGAUCGAGAUUAACUGGUGAUAUGCAAUGUAACCUUGUUAAAGGGAAAAGUAUGCCGAGUCUUAGCUGUCUCAUUGACGAGCUAGCUUCGAAUGGAUACAUAGGGGAAGUUAAAACCGAGAGAGCCCAUGGCUUUCCUUUAGCUGCAACCUCAAAUCUGCAGAAGAAGAAGAAUCCUAUUAUAACUGUGACAGAGCACACACCAACGCCAUCGCCUGAUUAUUUAUCAAAGACGAGACAGGGAUCUUUAGAAUCACAAAUGGACUCAGUCAGUAUACAAGGUUCCCAACACUUACCGACCCCAGAAAGGAAGCCGAGCUUAACGCGAUCUCAAACCGAUUCUAACAUUACAUACAUUGUAGAAGAGAUACUGGAGGCGCCUGGGUCUAUGCAUUAUAUCACUAAUGAUGGUGAUAUUGAUUUGCAAGUGGUUUUGAAGGCAGUAUAUUCGGUAUCUACAAUGGACAGUUUCUACAUCACAAUUCGAGUUAUGGAAGUAUUACUAAACUUGGUGGAUACUUUGAUGGAAAUUGGUGUUCACAAAAACUGGCAAAAUGAUACGACCCAAGACGCUCGACCAGAAACAGUUGAUCCGUUAAGCGAGCUGAAUAAAGAUUGUAAGGAAAGGGACUCAGAAAUGAGGUGCACACACAGCCAAGAAUCAACGAAUGUAGAAGAAGGGAAAGACAAAUCUCGAGAUGACGAAAACUAUGACUGCCCCUAUUACAUGAUCAUGCAUAUCAUAUUGAGGCUUUUACGUCAAUUGGGCUGCUCCCACGGCUGUACAACAGCCCUACGCGGCCCACAAGCAGAAUCACUCAGAAUUCAAGCUAGGAAUUCUCUGCGAUACCUGAGAUCGUCAUGUGUCAAUAAAUUCGCCCAACGUUUAAAAGAAAUGACUAAAUUUUCACCCAUACGAGAAGUAUUGGACAAUCUUCAUGCUACUGUAGGCUUUUGUGCUGAACCGACUUUGGUUUCACCAUUGAGUCAACAGAAACGCAACGCAUCUAAAUCACCAGACCUAAGUCAUCUUCAAGCACAAUACGCUACAAAUUUCGGAGCGAACCAGGGAUCGAAUAAAACUAUAGACUCUUUCGUCAUAGAGACGGUGUUACGAGUACUUGUAACGAGAUUUGCGCUCAUGCAUAAGGAACUGAAAAUGCUUGAUAACUCGGCUUUAUACUCAGAAGUACGUUUACUUCUAAGUUACGUACGUGAAGCGCACGGACACGAGUUCCGUCUGGUGGCCUUGAGCGGUCUUCUGGACACAGCCGAAAGACCGGGAACUCAACAAAAGGAUUCCAAUAUGCAGACUACGAGGGUUAUAAGGCACGGAUGGCGAGUCGCAGACGAAGACCGCGAGGCGGGAGAAGCGAGUGGAGGAGAAGAGAAAUCCCACAAGAAGUUCACUUUCAAGAAGCGGAGUGCUUCCUCUACUGGAGCUCAGAGUCUCCUAGAAACAGAAGGGGGAGACGACUCAGCCAGUCAAUCUCCAUUAUCAGUGCGCACGCGCCGCUACCAACUGACACCAAGACAAUCGGAAAGAACAAUUCCUUCUAUUUCGUCAGUGGAUAUAUCGCAUCAUAAGAUAACACAUUCGAAGUCUAUACCGUCAAAGUUUCACAUCAGUGGCAUAAUGAACUGGUUCCGUCAAAAACCCCAACCUCAGCCCUUGGGUCGAAACGGAUGUGGUUCCGGCGAGUCGUUACCCAUUUCCGGGAGUAUGGCGUCAUUGGCACGACCCUACAAUAUUCACGUCAACCGACCUGUUCAUAUGAAACGACGCGUUGGAUAUACUCUCAAUAGGGCACGUAAACGUGUUGAAGAUCGAUUGAAUAGAUUUGGCAUCAGAAAAAUGGGAAAGAAGAGAGACGGCAGCAUUGAAGAAACUCCUGGCGGUUAUAUGUCUCGUCGCGGGUCAAUGGAGGGUGGGUCUGGGGGUGGUGAUUCCGAAGUAGUGGUAUUAAAACGGCGACGUUUAGUGGCUGCAGCCCCACUAUACGCUGGCCUGGCCAGGUUCAGCUUCAUGCUGGAAGCCACUCAACCUGGAGCAACGCCUGAUGCUCUGUUUAUGGCUGCUCUAUUGGACCUUCCACACACAGUAGUAGUUGGUCGGGCUGCGAUUUUAUUGGAAUGUGCUCAAUUGGUUCACAAUUGCAACAAGGGACAAUGGCCGUAUUGGCUUAAAUCUAACAUGGGGAAAAAUCCUGUACCAUCGGGACCUUUGCAAUUGAAACGACAACGCUUGGCCGGAAAGCUUUUCUAUCAAUGGGCGGAAGCUAUUGGAAACAGACUGGAAGAUAUGCUAAUAGAAGAUAAAAAGCACUUGGACACCGUUGUCAAUUUGGUGUCAGAUCCAGAUGGACAAAGAGAAUUGCUGCAACAGGACGAAGAAGAAGAUUUUCUCGAUGAAGCGAGUAUUCGAAUACCCGGGAAAACAAUAGGUGCGGAAUGCCCUCGCGCUUUGAGAAUGAUCGCUUGCGUCCUACUAUUCGAAAUAACCGCCUUCCUCCGGGAAAGCUAUCAGAACCUGCCAAAGACGUGUCGAGCCUCCCUAAAGGAACGAGGCCCUUGGGACCGCGUCUACAGGUGGAUGGUCAAGCGAAGACGUUUGUUGUGUAAUAAUAAGGCUCUUAGCAGUCAACACACAUUAUUGCCAGUCGAGGAAGCAAACCGUCGUUGGAGUAUGGCAUUGUCCAGUAUGGGACAUUCGCAAGCGUCUGCGCAAAGUCUACAGUCGAUAGCGGGCGUUGAGACAGAAAGGAAGAUAUCUUUCGUUCUACACGAACCCGAAAAUGUAUCUGGUGGUAGCAACGUUACUCUGGCAGAAGUAAUACCAGGUGGAGUAGAAGAUAAGAAGAGUCGUCUAACAUCGCGCGGCAAAGCGGGCAUACAUCGUAGGAAUACGCAACAAACGCACACUGCAUAUGGCUCAUUUAAGAGAAGAUCUAUUAAGCUACGGCAGAAGGACACACAGCCUGAUGAAUUUAUAACCCGUCGUUCGGAUUCAAUUCAGAGUAGAAGAAAAGUUUCUUCACUUUCCGAUAGAAGUGAUACAUCAGAAGUUUAUCCUGGCACAGGUACAGUAAUAAUGCCAAAUGAAGUAGACAGCGGCGGAGAAGAAAGCCCUGGAGUGCUCUCUGAUGACCAUGACCAUCCCCCGGACAGUCCUGACAGCAAUUCCACCGAUCUACCUGACCAUAACAAGAGUUAUCCUUGGCUUAAGGUAAUGGUGAAGUUCUUGAAUUCAUUCAAUUAUGUCUGCUGCCAUCAAAAUUUCUGUCAUCCGUACUGUUUCCGACGGAAUAUGCGCGCUACUGAGCGUCUUGUCAAAUCUGUGCGAAAGAUAUAUGGUGAGAAAUUUGGGCCAGAAGUGAACACAGCGAGUUGUGAAGAAGGCUCAAUGGGGACUCGAAGGGGAAGACGAUCUCGGAAACCUUCAGAGCACUCCACAGAUAGGAUCGAUCGCUCCGUACUAGAGAGCGUGGGUAUAGCAUACCGUGCGGCGGGUGUAAAACACACAGUGCCAAAUACAGACACGCCGCCUGUCCACAAACCUGCUACAAUUAUAUAUCCACCUGCGGAGACGCCUUCUAUACUUAAAUAUUUAAAAGGACAGGUACGAGACGCAUACCACACGCCACUAGCAAUGCUAGUGAAAGGCGCGACGAUAAUGAGCGAAGACAUAUUCGCGGAGAGCGCACCAGUCGCCUGGCAAUUGCUCCUUGAGGCCGAUCGGGAGCUCAGCUCGUGUGCGGCUGCCUUAUUCAUCUUGGCAGCUGUUAAGGCACCUCAUGCAGCCUCACAAAUUAUGCACAAUGAUUUGAAACAUUCGGAACCGGCUGUUCGAAUCAACGCGAUAUUAAGAUUUCAAGUAAUGUGGAAGCUGCGAUACCAAGUCUGGCCUCGUAUGGAGGAAGGAGCCUCGAUGACAUUCAAAGUGCCCCCUCCAGGGAUUGAAUUCACACUACCCUCACCAAAGAUUGGUAUUGAAUCAUUGGCGGUAGUCGAUCCACCGUGGAGUCCCCAAGUAAAGGAUAAAGAUAUGGAAAUGACUUUGAAUCAGGAAAGACAUCGCUCACUUGUAACAGCGACUAAAACACGCAAAAAGCAACAGACGGAAGCAAUCAAAAAGGCCUUACAGCAAAGAGAUGAUAAGAAAAAAGCAGAAAGAGAAAGUUUUCUUAUCACAACAAUACCAAUAACGCGACAAGCUGCCAGGGAACCAGCUUUGGACCAUGUGGCCGAUGACCAUGUUGAACCGCCAGCUGAUGAAGAAGCUACCGAAGUCCGUGGAUCCCAUCACACUCAAGUUGCAUCUGCCUUGUUUCCUUCUGUUCUGUGCUCCGCUGUGGCGGAAAUCAUAUCGCUUUUAGAUGAUGCAGCUGUCUCCAGAGACGGGUGUUCAGUAUAUGAAGUCGCUUAUCAGGUUAUAUGGGGUUGCCUAGUGGAAGAUUCAGCACUAUUCCUUCGGCACGUACUAGAAAGAUUAACACGCGAUCAUCAAGAUGAAAUGUUCAAAUUACUUCGACACCUCAUUCGCUUCAUACCACGACUGCCCCAACAGGCAGCUUUUGCGUUAUAUAACUACAUUAUUGGUUAUGUAAUGUUCUACGUGAGGACACCUCAUGAAGAUGGCCAGAGAUUGAUUGGAGCUGCAAUGUCUAUUUUAUGGAUGGUGGUUCAUAGUGUCCACGGCAUUAUGUUUAAGGAUUUGAAGCAAAUAUUACGUAAAGAGCAAUGCGAUGCGUCCAUUCUACUGACGGCUAAUGUUCCAGCAGCUAAGAAGAUUAUUGUUCAUGGCCCAGUUGACAACGAAGGGACUAUCCCAUCUCAGUUCCCGGUACAGGAAGAUACACAGUUUUGUCAAAUACUUCGUGAAUCACUCGACUACUUUGGGAUACCAGAAAAACAACAUGAUGAAUAUUUUCUAGUUGAUUUUAAAACACGUCAAAUUCACAAUCCGCAAAGUUACGUACGAGACCACUACUUCUUCAAACGUUCCCAGUAUCCGCAACUGGGUCUGGUCCACAUGGAACCGGAGGAAGCUUUCCACAAAUUGCAGCAUCAGGAACUAUUGCAUAAAUUCGUUGAAAUCGGCAAAGUUUUACUCGCUUGGGCCAUUUUAAAGAAUGUUGACAUGGUAGUCCAACGUGUAGUAUUUCUUCACGAUGAAUUAAUGAAACUACCUUCAUUUCCUCGAAAAGCUUUAGAAGCUGACUUAGCGUUGUAUAGCCGAGGUCCUCUCGGUUCCACUCUACUAGGAUUGGAUGUAUUGCAUAAAUUCAUGUGGGUUCGCAUGAUCGCUCGUAUGUUCGAAGCAAUGGCGGGAAAUUUCACAUCUUCGAGGGACAUACAUUUAUUCCUAAACGUACUCAACGGAGCUCUUAUGCUACAUAGCGAAGACUCUUUGAUAUUAAGAUACGUAAUAGCGACGUACGUAAACGCGGCGUUCAACUUUAAGAAUAUAUUUUCGACCAAUGGCUAUCUCCUCAUAAUGCCAACAUUACUCCAAAUAUAUUCUAACUUCCAAACCAACAAGUUGGUGACAACAACCAUCGAAUACGCUGUCAAACAAUUCUAUUUGUUGAAUAGAAAACCAUUUAUUUUGCAAAUGUUUGGAUCGGUUUCGGCCAUUUUGGAUACGGACGAGGAAGCUGCCUAUGGUGAUGCUAGUAAGGUUCAAUCAAGCUGCCUAUUUAACCUUCUACUAAGCUUGGAGACACCGUCGCCUGACCCCUUACACAUAGCCGAAUUGAUUAAAGAGGAAAAGCCACUGAAACCUAUAGACUUCUGCUAUCGUGAUGAAGAGGAAAUGGUUAAUGUAUUGGAUUGUAUUAGUCUUUGUGUAAUGGUCGUGUCAUAUUCUGCUGAGAGUAUGAGAGGAUAUCAAAUGCUUAUUAUUCUCGAAGCCAUUUUACCAUGUUAUGUGAAGCAAAUACAACUCCCAACGUAUAACAGAGAAGGAAAGACUGAGAAAGAGAUCAUACAACAGUUGGCUAUCGCUAUCAAAACAUUGGUUAACAACUGCGAGGGACUCUCCAAAUCAUACAACGGCCCAUACAGAACCUCCCCAGAGCACAAAGGCUCGUCCCAAAGAGGUUGUCCUAGAACCGCGGCCACUCCUUUUAUGACACUUGACAUUCUGGAUGACGAGUCUCACUCCCGAUAUGUCAGUGAUCAUUCCAGACUUCCCCCGGUCGCAGAUUAUACCGGCGCUGAAGACAGCGAGUUGGUUCGUGCCGAAUAUCGACGACCUCGAGAUGUUCUCUUGUCUCUGGUCGGUGACUUCAUAGGCCGGGCCAGCACGCGACUAAUAGACUUAAACGGUUCUAAGGCCAGUGGUGGCAGCGAAGGGAAGCCAGUAGAGCUAUUGGAUUCCAAAUCUCAUGCUCGUCUGGCAGAAAUAGCGCACUCAUUACUCAAGGUAUCCCCAUACGACCCCGAGUCCAUGGGCUGUCGUGGUCUCCAACGAUACAUGAUGCAAGUGUUACCAGCGGCUGACUGGGCGGAUGACGCCUUAAGACCAGCCCUCAUCAUGAUAUUGAGGCGAUUGGAUAAAGUCUUCUUGAAAAUCGCUAAGAAACCUAGUAUACGGAGAAACACUGAUUGGGAUUCAGCAGCUGUGUUACUGAAAGGUGUUUACGAAACAAUGAUGCGAUGUCCCUACAUUAUGCAUUGGCAGCAGAUCAAGACACUCCUAAAUACUGUUCAGGCGUUAAUAGUAUCAGAAAACAAUACGGGAGAGAAUCUUUCGUCAGCCACGGCGGCCCUGAUGUCUCAACCGCCGCCGCCGCAUUUCUGCAGCACUGUUGUACGACUGAUCGCAUUGCAAGUUAUCAAUACUGGGGAUAGUUACUCGUUGGAACAAAUGUGCGGCGGUAGUGCUAUAUUUCAAUCAGCCGAAAAGACUGAGAAUAUGCUUAUGAAUUUAUUCAUGCCACUUUGCUUGCGAGUCGGGAGUGGGAGGAAAGAUGUCCCACCGCUUCGUCAAUCAGACGUUAGCUAUAUUGUAUCUGUGGUGCUGAACGCACUGUGUCCCCCUGCUCCGCCGGGGCAGUUGGCAGCUGUCAAUGCCAAGUUCAACGCGGCUGACGCACGUGUCAACUCACUGACGUUUACCGGAAGUCGCGACACAAGGAAUACGACAAGGCUGUCAAAUCAACUUUAUCGUAUUGCUUUUCUCGCGCUGAAAGUACUAUGUGCAUGUUUCACGAGCGAACUUUGUUCUGAGUGGGGACGUAUUGCACGUGCGAUACGCGAUCUCGGCCGACGCAAUGAGGCCUCGCAUCACCUUUGGGACUUCCUUGAACAUACUGUGGCCUAUCGUACGCCCUUGUAUGUCCUGCUACAGCCUUUCAUUUUGCAUAAGCUAUCCCAGCCCCCAAUCGGUGACCACGAGCGUCACAUGCAGUUUGUUGUACGCGAACGCGUACGCGGUCUCAAAUUACCGGCCGCACGAGCACGCGGCGCCUUACUCGCUGAACUCGCUAGAGAACUUAGGACUAUGAGAGACACUCACGAUCAUUAUAAAUUCGAGCAAAUAGCGGAAAGUAUAGGACAGAGUGGGGGUAAAAGGGCAUCAGAGGCUCUUCCACGUAAUCUCACAGAGAAGCAGCAACAGCACCGGCCAUCUCUCAUAUCAAUGUUGGUGGGGCGAGCUGGACUGCCACGUACGCCUGACCAUCCCCCAGCCACCCUCGCCGCUCAAAGAGAAUCGCUGUCAAGCAGUUCAACGACUAGUCAACACAUACCACUGUAUGAAUCCAACAAUGGUCGUAAUGACAACGGAUUAAAUAGUGAUCAGAAAGCCGGCCCGACCUAUACGAAUGCGCAAAAGUUACGGUUCGGUUCUUCAGUGGAGUUUAAACUUAACACUGGGGAGACCACGCAAACACCACUAUCACCAUUAUCAAUGGGUGACUCCUGCGGAGAAGAUCCUUUGGAUGAUGAAAGACCUCGUCUCCAAAGGUCUCAUGGACCUUCCAAGAAGACAUUUAAAUUUCGGCGCAGUAGGAAUUCUAAACCUGACCUGGCUCCUAUCAGACUCGAAUCUGACUCUUGUUCUUCUCCGGGGCCUGACUCUACGCCCCUUCGUCGGGCGUGGCCGGGCCUAUUACCACCUACCGCCACUCAUACAGAUACAUCUUAUGACAGCGAGAUAUCACAGACCUCGUCUACCUCUGGAUACAGAGAGAGCUACAGCCUCCAAGCUUCUAUGUCGGAAUCCCCAGGCGCGCGGUCGGUGGCUGCCACGCCGCGCGCCAGCCCCGAUGCAUCUUUGAGUUGCGACUCCGUAACUUCUUCAGCUGAACGAACUGCUCUGCUGGGUGCCACCAGCCAACAUACACUUUUAAGUGGCGAUUUAAGAGAUGAAGACACUCUUCUCUAAUAUGAUUAUAUGAUUCUCUAAUAGGAGAAUUUUUCUACUUAAAGUAAAAAAAAAUAAUUGUCUACAUAAAUAGAAAUUUAUUAGGUGAAACCUCUUAUGUAAAAUAGGUCAACUUUUCAUCUCUUUGAGGUGUGAUUUAUUAGUAUUAUUUGGUGAAGAUUAUUUAAUAAAUGUGAUGGAUGUC